UCGACUGUUGUUUAUCCGGCUCUGCAUCGUCUCGUCGUGUGAGCAACGAUGGCUAGCACUGGUGCAAAACAAGCGCCUAAAAUUGUCUCCAAAACUUCUGCGGGAGGCACCGGGGCGGCGGGGGCUAGUGGUGGGCCCCCGAUAAUGCCCCUCGCCUCUCCGCUCAUGGGGAAAAAGAAAAAGCCGUUUCUAGGGAUGCCUGCUCCGCUGGGUUACGUUCCCGGUCUCGGCAGAGGUGCCACUGGUUUCACCACCCGAUCUGAUAUCGGUCCUGCUCGUGAUGCUAAUGAUCCAGUGGAUGACCGGCAUGCACCCCCUGGAAAGAGGACGGUCGGGGACCAAAUGAAAAAGAACCAGGAUGAUGAUGAUGAAGAUCUGAAUGACACCAACUAUGAUGAGUUUAAUGGUUAUGCAGGUAGCUUGUUCUCAAGUGGGCCCUAUGAGAAAGAUGAUGAGGAAGCCGAUGCUAUAUAUGCAGCGCUGGACAAGAGGAUGGAUGAAAGACGCAAAGAAAGAAGGGAGCUGAGAGAAAAGGAGGAAAUUGAGAAAUACCGUAUGGAGCGACCAAAAAUUCAGCAGCAGUUCUCAGAUUUAAAGAGGAAGCUUGCAGAGGUGUCAGAGGAGGAAUGGCUGAGCAUUCCUGAAGUGGGAGAUGCCAGAAACAAGCGCCAGAGGAAUCCCCGCUAUGAGAAGCUCACCCCUGUCCCCGACAGCUUCUUCUCCAAACAUUUGCAGAGUGGAGAGAACCACACCUCUGUUGACCCGUUGCAAGGGCUGGGAGGUCUGAACACACCUUAUCCAGGAAGCAUGACACCUGGUCUGAUGACACCAGGGACCGGAGAACUGGAUAUGAGGAAAAUUGGUCAGGCCAGAAACACACUCAUGGAUAUGAGGCUCAGUCAGGUGUCUGACUCAGUGAGUGGACAAACAGUAGUGGAUCCCAAGGGUUACUUGACAGAUCUUAACUCUAUGAUCCCCACUUAUGGAGGAGACAUCAGUGACAUCAAGAAGGCUCGUCUGCUGCUGAAAUCAGUGAGGGAAACAAAUCCCCAUCACCCACCUGCCUGGAUUGCUUCUGCCAGGCUGGAGGAGGUGACUGGGAAGUUGCAGGUGGCCAGAAACCUGAUCAUGAAAGGCACAGAGAUGUGUCCGAAGAGUGAGGAUGUGUGGCUGGAGGCUGCCAGGCUCCAGCCUGGUGACACAGCUAAAGCCGUGGUAGCCCAGGCUGUCCGUCACCUUCCACAGUCUGUGCGCAUCUAUAUCAGAGCUGCAGAGCUGGAGACAGACGUCAGGGCUAAGAAACGAGUCCUCAGAAAGGCGCUCGAAAAUGUAUCCAAGUCAGUUCGACUGUGGAAGACAGCUGUUGAACUGGAGGAACCAGAGGAUGCCAGGAUCAUGCUCAGCAGAGCUGUGGAGUGUUGCCCUACAAGUGUGGAGCUCUGGCUGGCACUGGCCCGGUUAGAGACAUAUGAGAACGCUCGUCGUGUCCUGAACAAAGCUCGAGAGAAUAUCCCCACCGAUCGCCACAUCUGGAUCACUGCUGCGAAGCUGGAGGAGGCCAAUGGGAACACUCAGAUGGUCGACAAGAUCAUUGACCGAGCCAUCACUUCUCUGCGUGCCAAUGGUGUGGAGAUCAACAGAGAACAGUGGAUACAGGACGCAGAGGAGUGUGACAAAGCAGGUAGUGUGGCUACCUGCCAGGCCGUGAUAAGGGCUGUCAUAGGGAUUGGAAUUGAGGAGGAGGACCGCAAACACACCUGGAUGGAGGAUGCCGAGAGUUGUGUGGCCCAUGGGGCACUGGAGUGUGCCAGAGCCAUCUAUGCCCAUGCUCUCCAAGUAUUCCCAAGUAAAAAAAGUGUCUGGCUUAGAGCUGCAUACUUUGAGAAGAACCAUGGCACCAGAGAGUCCUUGGAGGCUUUACUUCAGAGGGCUGUGGCUCACUGCCCCAAAGCAGAGGUAUUGUGGCUAAUGGGUGCCAAGUCCAAGUGGCUUGCUGAGGAUGUGCCAGCAGCCAGAAGUAUCCUUGCUCUGGCCUUCCAGGCUAACCCAAACAGUGAAGAGAUCUGGCUUGCUGCUGUCAAACUGGAGUCAGAGAAUAAUGAGUAUGAAAGAGCCCGUCGACUGCUAGCCAAGGCCCGCAGCAGUGCACCAACAGCCAGGGUGUUUAUGAAGUCAGUGAAAUUGGAGUGGGUGUUGGGAAACAUAGAAGCUGCCCAGGAGUUGUGCACCGAGGCCCUGAAGCACUACGAGGACUUCCCUAAGCUUUGGAUGAUGCGAGGCCAAAUCGAGGAGCAGUGUGAAAAUAUGGAUAAAGCUAGAGAGGCCUAUAACCAAGGGUUAAAGAAGUGUCCCCACUCUGUGCCACUGUGGUUGUUGCUGUCACAUUUGGAAGAGAGAGUGGGACAGCUGACCAGAGCCAGAGCAAUCCUCGAGAAGGCACGGCUCAAGAAUCCCCAGACCGCUGAGCUGUGGCUGGAGUCAGUCAGAUUGGAGUACAGGGCUGGACUGAAGAACAUUGCCAACACGCUGAUGGCCAAAGCCCUGCAGGAAUGCCCAAAUUCAGGUAUCCUGUGGGCUGAGGCAGUGUUUUUGGAGGCCAGGCCCCAGAGGAAGACGAAGAGUGUGGAUGCUUUGAAGAAGUGCGAACAUGAUGCACACGUCUUGCUCGCUGUAGCCAAGUUGUUCUGGAGUGAGCGUAAGAUCACCAAAGCUAGAGAGUGGUUCCUCAGGACUGUAAAGAUUGAGCCAGAUCUGGGGGAUGCUUGGGCUUUCUUCUACAAGUUUGAGCUGCAACAUGGCACAGAGGAGCAGCAGGAAGAGGUGCGAAAACGCUGUGAGAAUGCAGAGCCCCGUCAUGGAGAGCUGUGGUGUGCCGAGUCCAAACAUGUACUAAACUGGCAGAAGAAGACAGGAGAGAUCUUAGCACAGGUAGCCAGCAAGAUCAAGAACACAUUCUGAGAGUGGGGAAAUUUGGACUGAAAACACCUGGAGGACUCUGGCAGUCACCAGUAUAGAAGUGAACAAAUAUUGACAUGCUUAUUCUGUACCAGGACUUGCCCAUCUCUGGCAGAUUUAAAGUAUUUACACACGCCCUUACAUUUUUUUGUUGUUGUAUGUGUCAGGAGAAAGUAAUGCUUUGACGUCAAAAUGACGAAAUCUGUGGAUGUUUUUAAAAAAAAAAAAAAUAUCAAAGUGACUGAUGGUUACCCUCUUCAUCCUGAUAUGCAGUAAGGAGAUCUUUGGCUGCGAUGUGAGAUUUUUGUGGAUACGUUUUUGAUCUGUCUGUGUGUAUGGGGUUUCAAGGUGUGGCCUCAGCUAUUGUUGUGAUUUGGCUUCUUUGUUAAAAUCCUUGUCUUAUCCUCUCCUAAAAGUGCUAGAAGAGUACUCUUAGGUGUCCUCUCGGAUUUCACAGCAUUUUUCUGUUAUUAUUUAAACCUCCAGAGUCAUGCUCUGCUUGAUGUUGAUGAUCAGAGGUGGUGUGUUUUGUUUUGUUUUGUUAAAACAUUGAAUUUUUUUAGCUUCAGGUCCCACACGCCUUCUGGCAAAUAAUACAUUGUUUUCCCUUUGCAACUCUGCUGUGAAGAUGCAGCCGAUGAAUCAUCUAGUAAGCAGCUGUCGCAUGUGCAUUGAAUAAUUAAAGAGAAAAACACCCA